AUGGGGUCCGCUGUGGCCCCGUCGUACGCGAACGCUUUCAUGUACCAGCUGGAGAAACGUAUGUUUUACCUUGAUCCUGCCAUUAUGUCUCAAGCAGCUAAGGCAGGUGAGAGGCCACUGAUAUGUUCUGACUGUGGGAAAUGUUUUACCUGCAAAUCACAACUUGUUUCACAUCAGUGCAGACACAAAGGUCAGAAGCCAUUUCCAUGUUCUGAGUGUGGGAAAUGUUUUACAGAGAAAUCACAUCUUCGAAAUCACACUGGUGAAAAGCCAUUUCCAUGUUCUGAGUGCGGGAAAUGUUUCACCCGGAAAUCCCAACUUGUUAAACAUCAGCGAAGUCACACAGGUGAGACUCCAUUUCCAUGUUCUGAAAGUCACACAGGUGAGAAGCCAUUUCCAUGUUCUGAGUGUGGGAAAUGUUUUGCAGACAACUCAGCUCUCGUUAUACAUCACAGAAAUCACACAGGUGAGAAGCCAUUUCAAUGUUCUGAGUGUGAGAAAUGUUUUUGUUAG